GGAGGAGGAGGAAGAGGAAGAGGAGGAGGAGGACCUGGGGCGGCCCUGCAGAGAGAGAGAAAGAGAGAAAAUCGAAAGGAACACAUGCGAGCCAGCGGGCGGAGAAGCGGAUAAGGGGACACCAUGAAGAAGAUCUACAUCGGGAAAACCGCGCUCAAAAACUCCCGCAAUGGAUGGAAGCAUCAGAAGAAAAGCUCGCUGCAGGAGCAGAAGGAGGACCUGCGGAAGCGUCUGGCCUACACCACCCACAAGCUGGAGCUGCUGCAGAGCGAGUUCGACUCCACCCGGCAGUACCUGGAGACCGAGCUGCGCCGCGCCCAGGAGGAGCUGGACAAGUUCACCGAGAAACUGCGCCGAAUACAGAGUAGCUACUCGGCUCUCCAGAGGAUCAACCAGGACCUGGAGGACAAGAUCCACAGGACGUCUCAGCACCAUGACGACGAGAAGCGUGCGCUGAGCCGAGAGAUCAUCGUCCUUAAUAACCACCUCAUGGAGGCAAAGAUGACCAUCGAGAAACUACGAGAGGACAACGACCUCUACCGCAAGGACUGCAACCUGGCCGCCCAGCUCCUGCAGUGCAGCAAGUCCCACUACCGGACCCAGCUCUCCGAGCUGCCUGCUGAUUUCCAGGAGCGGGUGAGCGUGCACAUGGAGACCGCCCCGCUGUGCCACUCGCCGUACUCGGACUCGGUGCCCACCUCGGUCAUCGCCAAGGUGCUGGAGAAGCCGGACGAGGCCUGCAGCAGUAGCCAGGCCUCGCGCUCGCCCAGCCCGCAGCCCCAGGAGCAGCAGGCCUUCCUGCUGGGCAGCAGCCUGGGCAGCAUGGGCAGUAGCGUGGGCGAGCGCCUGGGCGUUAGCGUUAGCGCUGGGGGGCUGGGGCUGGGGCUGCGCGGGGGCACCUACAAGUCCGACCUGUACAGCAGCGACACGGCGCUCUACUGCCCGGACGAGAGACGGCGCGAGCGCCGGCCCAGCAUGGACGUCCACGGCACGAGGCAGCACGCCGCGCAGCUCUACGGGCCGCAGAACUCCACCGACAGCAACCCGGACGAGGGCGACGUCCUCCUGCGCGGCGGCAUGUCGCCGGGGCCCUUCGGCCAGCCGGGGGAGCACUUCGCCGGCAAGUUCGGCGUGCCGUCGCUCGGCGGCGGCUCCAGCUCGUACUCGAGCUUCUCGGGCGGCGGAGGGUCGGACGGCGGCGGAGGCGGCGGCGGCGGAGGCGGCAAGGGCCAGGGGCCGCUGAGCAGCGGGGCGUCCUCGCCCUCCUCGCGCCACCACCACGCCACCCUCUACAUGGACUGGCGCGACGCCGGCGGCGACUACGAGCACAAGAGCGACUCGUCGUGGGAGCGCGACAGCCCCGGGGCCUUCUCCACGGUGCCGCACGGCUUCCAGCAGGAGCUCGGCCUCCACAGCCAGAACGGCGGAGUCGGAGGAGGAGGAGGAGGAGGGAGCGGAGGCUCGCCGGUCUACAGCCGGACGAUGUCCUCGUGCUACAGCGAGCCGUACGAGCCGCUCCCGCCGUCGUCCUCGCCGAGCGUGGCCGCGUACGGCGACAGCCGCCGCAGCAGCGCCCUGGCGCCCGACGUCGACGACGACGACGACGACGAGGACGUCGUCGAGGAGGAGGAGGAGGACGAGGAGCUGAUGAUCGGCCGCUGGCGGCAGCUGAGCAUGGACGACCUGAACACGGCGGCCGCGCACGGUUACCGCGGCAGCCCCGGCCGGGCCUCGCCCUACAGCUUCUCCGAGCAGCACUUCUCCGUGCGGCCGGCCAAGAUCCGCCUGGGGCCGCUCUACAGCAGCUUCCAGGAGGGCACCACCGACGUCUACCACCACCACCACCACCAACAGCAGCAGCAGCAACAACAACAACAACAACAACAACAGCAACAACAACAACAGCACCACCGCCACCUGAUCGCCACGUCCAGCGUCGACCCCAUCUGCUUCUCCUCGCCCAGCCCCGAGUGCAGCCCUGGCGGGGGCGGAGGUGGUUCCGUCGGCGGCGGCGGCGGUUCCGGGAUGCGUCAGGCGCACAGCCACGCGCACCUCUACCGCGCCGCCAAGGACGACAGCCAGGAGGAGUCCGAGCACAGCCUCUACCACUCGGGCGGCAGCUCCAAGGACAUGGAGGGCGGCGGUCACGGGGGGCCGGCGUCCGUAGCCGGUAGCGUCGGCGGCGGCGGCGGUGGUGGCGUCGGUCCGGAGGCGGCCGAGUACGCGGACGUGAGCCCCGUCAGCUCGACCGAGUCGCUGCACAUGCAGGCGGCGCUGGAGAUGGCCGGCGAGCACGAGCUGCAGAUGUACCAGGCCGAGAUGCACGCGCACGGCGGCGUCCACCCCGGUCACCCCGGUCACCCCGCCCACGCCGCUGGCCACGGCAGCUCGCCGCAGAGGGCCCCCCCGCAGAGGCCCUUGUCCGCCCAGCCGCAUCCGCAGUACCAAAAAUUCGGCACCCUGGGGCUCACCCGCAAGGACAGCCUGACCAAGGCCCAGCUGUACGGGACGCUGCUCAACUGAGGGGGGACGGCCCAGAGCGAAGCGCUCCCUCCUCCUCCUCCUCCUCCUCCUCCCACUCCUCCUCCCACUGGGUUUUUAAGUGGCGUGAGUGAGUGAGUGAGUGUGGAGCUCCGAGCGGGUUAGGCGCCAAUGGGGGCCGAGGGUGAUAAGAUGGAGGGGAAUGUUCUGCUGCUGAGUCAGGAAAGUCUAAGGGCAGACUGUGGCACAAAAGGUUCUCAGUCUCUCUCUCUCUCUCUUUUUCUCCUGAUAUCUAUCCCUCUCGCUCCAUCACAAUCUCUCGCUCUGCUUCUCUCUUUGUCUCUCUCUCCUCAUAUCCCUCUCUCACCACUUUCCUCUUUCUCCCUCUCUCUCCCUCUCUCUCUCUCUCUGUAUCUCUCACUCUCUUUUCCUCUGUUCUUCUUCCUCUCUUUCUCUGUUGCAGUAUUUUUGUAACUAUUCACGAAUGUAUUCCCGGGUCUGUCACUCUGUUCACGCACAGCUUCUGGACUGAUCUGAAUGGUCUUGAGGAGAGGACUAGGCUUAGCAUCAGGUACUCCUCACCCCUUCUACAGCUGAAUCUCUCCCAGCUUAGUUCAGGUCCACCUGUUCGGAUGACCCUCUCACCCCAAUGACCAAUGCUUGACCUAUAGCAGCAUUGCAUUGCUACUGCAAUGCAAGAGCAUUACAAAGACACUUUAUGGUGUUUUUUUUUUCAGCCAUGACAGAUAUCUGGGACAACACAUCCCAACGUAUUACAACUUAUUUCUUUCAUGUCAACAAAGGUGUGUCACAUUUAAUACACACCCGUUAAAUUGCUAUGUAACAUGAUUUUGAAACUUGUGAUGUGAUGGAGGUAUCUGUAAAAAAUGUAAAAAAGAAAAAAAAAAAGUCCUUUUGAUUAUGGAUAUAUUACAACUAUAUUUUAACCAUAGCUGCACUGAACAAAACAAGUAUAUUAAUAUCACUAAAUGUUGUAUGGGAUCGAAUAUUUAUUAUUUUUCUUUCAAGAGCCCCUAAGCCCUUAGGAAAAUAACCUAGACUAAUAUAAACUGUGAUAAUUAUAUUCAUAAUCAAAUAGAAAAAGCUAAGACCAACAGAGGCGGUGGAGACUUAGAAGUCAGAUAAAAGAGUAUUUGUGUGUGCUGGCUGCUGGUAAUCUGAAUCAAUUUCCACAAGAGCCUUACAGUAGAUAAGUAAGUGGUCAUAGACAGCAUUUACGCAGACCAUUAUAAUUCCAUUUCUCUUAGUAAUCUAACUGAAGAAGACAACAACAAAAAAAUGUUUUGCCUUGAAUGUGAAUCAAUGAGGUAUUUUUCAGGUAAUCAAGAGAGCCUACUAUGGUUUGUCAAGUGUUGUAUGUGCACAGACUUGUUUAAUUUAAUUUAGUAUAUGCUAUACUGGCAUCUAUCAAGGGAUAACAUUAAAGGAAACCUAGCCGUGGAAUUUUAAGAACUCUAAUUCCGGUUCCCUGAUGGACAUCUCAGCUUAAUUUGAUGAAUUGUGGUUUCAAAAAAAAAAAAAAAAUCGGACUUGAUGUUUUUAUUAUUAUUACCUGGACGAAACCUGUGAGUUGUUUUGAUGCGAUUUUUUUUUUCUUACUGGUUGAAUGUGUUGAGUUGCUGGUAUUUUAUUCCGUUGUGAAGACUUCUUUCUUUACUCUAUUCCGAGUAGUCCUGGCCCACUCUACCUCAAGACUCUUCCCCCAACAGUCCUCCCCCCACCUCCCCCUUUCCUCUCCCCUUGAUCAGCUGGGAGCUCAUUUCUACUGACACCAUGAUGCAUGACUCUAUAUUUCUGAUGUAUGUUUCU